AUGAGCAAGACGGAGCCCAAGGGGCCUUUUGACAUGUCUCACUUCGACCCAAAUGCUGUCUUACGGGGUACUCAGCUCACUCUCGUCGGCGCCCAUCGAGCCUUGCAGAACCCUGCCCUGUUCACCAAUUCCCACUAUAAGCAGGCCGCCGUUGCCGUUGGGGUCGGUAUUGUCAUUCGCUUGGCUAUCGCUGUCCCUAUUUUAGGAAUCAAGCUUCUGUUGACCGUCUUCUCGUUGGUGUUCGACCUUGACAAGGCUACGUGGGACGAUCAAUUGGCGAAUGGACUUGACUUGGUCGCCAACCACGUCCUCCAAAUCCCGCUAUUCCUCAUGACCCUUAUGAGGUACAUCACACCAGCGUUGGAUAAUAUGUUUAUGGAUUCGCUAUGUUGGGUAGAUACGACCUAUCUCGAAAAGCACGCGCAUGAGAAUCCUGAUAGGCUUCGAGGCAUGUACUAUCCUAACCUCCGCCAUUACAAGAAACGGGACGGGAGUACACACUCAACGAGCGCUGCCGAGGCGAUUACUAUGUUCUUGUGGCGGUUCACCCGGAAAGCUAUGGUAUCCCUGGCCGUAUUUACGCUUUCGUACGCCCCUUAUUUCGGUCGAUUGGUGCUCCCCGCGGUUAGUUUCUACACAUUCAAUAAGGCGGUGGGCCUGGGUCCGGCCGCCGUCAUCUUCGGCACUGGGCUGUUUCUCCCAAAGCGCUAUCUUGUGAUAUUCUUGCAGACCUAUUUUGCGUCCCGUAGCUUAGUGCGAGAGCUACUCGAACCUUAUUUCGCCCGCGUUCCCUUCUCCAAGGAACAGAGACGACUUUGGUUUCGUAACCGCGAGGGCCUCCUCUUCGGAUUCGGCAUUGGGUUUUACGCCCUGCUACGGGUUCCGCUACUUGGUGUGCUGGUAUAUGGUAUCGCCGAGGCGUCGACGGCAUACCUUAUCACUAAGAUUACAGACCCCCCACCAGCGUUCGACGCACCGCGCUCACAGGUGGAGGAAUUCUCUGCCAGCCAGCAGGUGUGGAGGAAUAGGCAUGAGUUUCUCAGCCUCUCGCUAAGGAAUCUAGACGAUGUCCGUGGAGAACAGCCGCCGGCCGCUUACGAUGGCGUGGUCGGGGACACUCCCGAGACCGAAACAACCAUGGGUAAGACGGAGAUUCGUACGGUUGGAAAGGUUAGCUUUGAGAGGCCGGCGACGGAGCAAUCAAAUCUCCAUAACAGGUGGCACCCAGAUGUUCCCUUUGCCGGUACCAUAAAGGACGGCGAGACUGUCAAAAUUGAGUGUCUCGACUGGACCGGGGGACAGAUCGGGAACAACGACAGCGCAGAUGACAUCCGCGAUGUUGACCUCGAUAGGUGCCAUUGCCUUACGGGUCCUUUCGAGAUUGAAGGCGCCGAGCCGGGCGAUCUUUUGCUAGUUGAAAUCAUGGACGUCCAGCCGUUCCAAGACCAGCCGUGGGGAUUCACGGGCGUUUUUCAUAAGGACAAUGGUGGUGGCUUCCUCGAUGAGAUCUAUCCAUCCGCCGCAAAGGCCGUCUGGGAUUUCGAGGGUAUCUUUGCUACCUCUCGUCACAUUCCUCACGUGAAGUUCGCAGGGCUCAUCCAUCCCGGAAUCCUAGGAUGCGCACCGUCUGCCGAGGUCCUCGCGACCUGGAAUAAGCGCGAGGCCGAAUUGAUAUCGGCUAACAAACUGGAUAGGAAGGUUGCUUUGCCACCAGAUCCAACGGGAGUCCACGCCGGCGCGGCCGACGCGGCGCUUCGUGAUAAGAUUGGAAGAGAGGGUGCUAGGACGAUCCCAGGUCGACCAGAGCACGGUGGGAACUGUGAUAUCAAGAACCUCAGCAGAGGUUCCAAGAUAUACCUGCCAGUCCAUGUUCUCGGUGCAAAGUUUAGUGUCGGAGAUUUGCACUUCUCACAGGGGGACGGUGAGAUUUCUUUCUGUGGAGCAAUAGAGAUGGCCGGCGUCAUAACUAUCAACUUCAAAGUCAUCAAGGCCGGUGUGGCAAAGCUGAGCCUGAAGUCUCCGAUCUAUCUACCUGGGCCCGUCGAGCCCCAGUUUGGCCCGGGUCGGUAUAUUUACUUCGAGGGUUUCUCUGUGGACGAACACGGCAAGCAGCACUAUAUGGACGUCGCAGUUGCGUACAGACAGACCACUUUGCGCUGCAUCGAGUACCUCCGUCGGUUCGGGUAUUCCGACUACCAAAUUUACCUCCUGCUGUCGUCGGCGCCUAUCCAGGGCCACGUGGCGGGUAUCGUGGACAUCCCGAAUGCUUGCACAACCUUGGGCCUGCCUGUCGAUAUCUUCGAUUUUGAUAUUAUGCCCUCUGCACCAGCGGAAAUUUUGGAUAUGGGCAAUUGUGUUUUUGAGACUGGAGCGGUCGAAGGCGAGAUCACCAAUGGGGGGAAGAAUAGCGAACAUAGCUGGGGUGGUGGGUUGACAUAUAAGUCAUCCUAG